CUGUGGUAGUCCCUAAGCCUGAGUAAAGGCCAUGGAAUUAGUAAGUACUGUUGUACGAAGUACUGACUAAGUCCAUGGCAAAGGCGUCCAUGGGUUUAGUAAGUACUUGGAGUACCUACUAAUUCCAUGGUAUACUCUGAGACAGUCAUGUAAUGUAUUUUAUAUCUGUGCACUCUACUGUCGGAUCUAACCUUGUACACCUUGUGGUAAAAUAUCUCCUUCACCGCAAUUUCCUCGAGAAAAGGUUACCCCGUUAGGGUCUUCAAUGCAGAGAUACUUGGAAAUAUUAUAUACCUAUCCACGUUAUAGAUCAACAAAAAGAAGAAAAUAAUACCCGGUACAUAAGAACAUUAUAUAAUGUUCUAAUAUCUAUGGUACCAGUGAGGAAUCUUCUUACACCUUAAACCUAUUAUGAAGAAAACUGUCAAAGCCAUUUUGGCAAGUUUAUUUAAGAUUGUAGGUAAUCAAAUAUUUUUAUAUUGUGUUUUUUUUUUUGAAAUUCAAUGAUCAUAUUGAAAUCUUAAGUUUUUACAAACGAGUGUGUGUUUGAUGUCUUAACUCUUUGUCUCUUUGAAAGGUAUUAAUUGAGCAUAAUUCAAAAUGCCGCGAUCAGGACACUUUAUAAUGGAUUUGUCAUCAAGUAUGACAUUAGUUUCGGACAAAGCGGAAUCAGGAAAAGAUCAUUUCAAGUGGGAUAGCAUUAAAAUAUUCCUCUACUUUACAUUCUCAUUGUCUUCAUGCAGUUUUACUUUCGAUAUGUUUUCAAAGGUGGCUGACAAUGUAAGAAUAUUGGAUUUCAUUGUAGUAGAGAUUGCACUUGGCAUGCCUUAUAUGUUUAUGGAAUUUUUUAUAAAACAGUACACAAGAAAACUUGAUUUCCACCACUCCCUUAAUCCUUUACUGAAAGGAGUUACAUAUGGGUCUCUGCUCCAGACAGCUUUGCAUGUAAUUUUGCACGCCUGUGAUCUAACUGAUGGGUUCGAGUACCUAGCAAAGAUUUUAUUAAUGCGUCCUUUUACCACGGCUUGCCCAAAGCCGCCCAUACCAAAUUUUUGUUUGAAUCGAUUUAAUAUCGGUUUACGAUGUGAAGUUGGCCGAAAAACUUGGAUGAGUAACUCUUCUGUACACGUAUACUAUGAUAAAAAGGCACACGAAGCAACCGCCUCUACAACCAAAGUGUUUGCCGUAGCCAUUGUUUGGAUUUGUAACUUUUUCUUCAGUACUGUAUCAGUUGAUACGUUGCUAUUGAUAUCGAAAUUGUCAUUUUUAUUUAGAGCUAUAUCUUCGUGUUUCCUUGCGCUGUCCAUGUCUCUUGCAUCAGGUCAGAAAGUGACGAGAGCGGUUCUAAGUGACAUCAUGAGCCUUAAUUCAAAACCCUCAUAUGACGUGACUAUGGAUCUGGUGGCAUACAUCUACGGCAUAGGUUACAUAGGCGUCUAUGACUUUCGAAAGAUUUCACCAUUCGUCAUGGUUGACAAUACUGUCAUAAUAUUCGCAGUAGUGUUCACUCUGGUGGGCUUCGUCAGGUCCUUUAUUGUAAGAGUUCUGUACGUAUUGAUGACCAAAUGCAUCGUAAUUGAUGUAAAGAUCACCUACCAUUAUUUGAUAUUUGGAGUACUACCCUUGGGUGCCGAUUACCUCCCUGCUCACCGACUUUAUCUUCUAGUCAUAUAUGGAAAUAUUAUUAUAGCUACAUUAUCUUUCUUAUCGGUUUCGACUCUGACUUUGUCAAGGCUGCUACAUCGCGAAUUCAGAUCUUUAAAAAAUAUUUAUAUAGUUGGGAUAUUAUGCUUUAUCGGAUUCGUCGCUACGCUGCCAUUGGCUAUUGCUAAUCCUACAUCGAUAAAGAAUGAACUUACAGGAUUAAAAAUAGGUCUGUGCAUCGCAGUUCUUUAUCUUGGAGGUGUUAAAGUCGCCUUGGUUAUGUGGAUUUACGGAGUGAAUAGGUUCUCAACAGAUAUACACUAUUGGUUGGGCUUUAAACCAACUAAGUUUUGGAGAUUUUGUUGGUCGGUGCUACCCAUCGUUUUGUUUGGGCUCUGCUUUUAUCGCGUCGUUAAUUUAACUAAAUUUAAAAACGUAACAAUUACAUUCGCAUGUAUUUGGUUUUUGGGCUCAUGUUUGAUUGUUAUUAUGUUUCAAUUAAGAACAAUAGCAAAAUUCAUGGUCGGAAAUAAUUUCAUCAAUGCAUUUAGAAGUUCAAGAAAUUAUGGACCACCAGAUUAUGAGGACAGAAAGAAAAGAAAAUAUUUUAGCGAAACAUUGCGUUUAAGAAAGUGUUCACAUCGGUGCAAAGUAUAUGACGAGAAAUAUGACUGUAAUCACAUGCCUCUAAUGUCGACAUUAAGUCCCACAUUAUCAGACGCUGGGUCUUUAUGUUCAGAUGAGCUGAUGAACAUCUACGUAGCCAAUAAGAAGGAGUUAAGGGCAUCCACGGUUGAAGUGGACACAUACCUUUGACAAUAAUAUUUUAUAAUGUGAUAUUCAUAUACGGUUUUACAGUUUUAUAAUAUAUUUUUAUUUUUUAUUUUAUUUGUGAUUACAGUUUUUAUGUAUACUCGUAAUCUAAUUGAAACUGAAAGGUGUAAAACAAGUACCUAUGAAUAAAUGACGAAUAUAAUUGCUUA